UAACAACCAGCAAAAUAUGAGCUCGAACGAAGGUUAUUAAUUCGAAGAGUUCCCUCAUUAGGAAUAAAAAAACAGCACAUACAAAACGUCAGAACUAUCCGAAUAUUCCAUCUAUUGUUGUUAUAGGUAUUUCUUAAUUUAAGUAAAUAUAAAAGAUAAAAUAUUUUGUCUUUGAUCAAAGAAACAAUAAAAACAAUUUUCUAUAAAAUCUACUCUACUAUUUUUUUCUUUGUUUUAAUUCUAUUGUAUGAUUCAAUCGUUUGACAUUCUCAUCUUGCUAGGUGACAAUUGAAUUUUCACUGAUGUAUUAAAAAAAAAGAAACGCGUCUCUUUAUACAUCAUCAAAAUAAUAGUAUAAAUUUAAAAAAAUUUUUAAUCAAAUAAACUCGAUUUAUUAGAAAGUACAAACUAUCCAUCAGCGAUGAAGAACAACAAAAUGAAUAGUUGUCAGGAUACAUUCUUAUUUUUGAUUACCUGUACACUAACAUUAUUUCCUGUAGAUAAUUAAAGAAAACAAACCUAAGGCUAUCAUUGCCACCAUCGGAAGCAGCAUAUUACUACAUUAAUUUUCAUCAUAAUCUAUAAGCUCGUUUUUUUAUUCCUAAUGAGAGAACUCUUCAAAUUAAUAACCUUCGUUCGAGCUCAUAUUUUGCUGGUUGUUAAAGAUGAUUGCGUACAUAAAAGAACAUGUGCCAUUAGUACUUUCUUCUUGAAUCAUGUUCAUUUUACUAAUUUACAGAACUUUAAUCUAGAAGAGAUCCCAUGAUCGUUAUAACUCCUUGAGAAUUUUCACAAAAAUGAAGACUUCUCUAUCCAGAGAACAAAUAUAAGAUUCAAACAAACUCGGAUUCUCUUUUGUUGAGUAUACGAUAUCAUAAGAAGAAACCAUUCGUUUUUCCUGGGAAUUAUAGUAUAUCAUAAUAUCUUUGUCCGGGUCAAAUUUAUUUUUCAUCGUAAUAUCCUGCAAUAGACUGAAAAUAUAAUACAAUAUGAGUGCUAGUAAAAUACAUUCCUAGUGCUGUUUUAUUUAAUAGACUUAUACCAAUUAAUAGAGCUUGAGAUUCUGAGUCUAUUGAACUUCACUCUGAGCCAAAGGUUCAAACAAAUAAGUAUCCAGAAAAAUGAUGUUAAACGAAGCAGUGAGUAAACACUACAUUUCACUUCCUUUUUUUUUGUCGAGCUUUUGAUUGAAAACAUAUUUUACCAAUACUCAUAAAAUAAUCAUAACACAAUAAGAAAGCACUAAUAGGACAUAUCCUGGUAAAACUUUUAUCUACACAAUGAAUCCUUACAGUUAUUAAAAUAUGAAUUGGAACGGAGAGAUUAUCAAUUGAAAGAAUUUUCUCUUGAGUUGUCAUUGCUAAUUUUCAAGAAUCACUUUAAAAUAUUCUUUUAAGCAAAACAAAAAUACAUUUGUUCUAUUAGUUUAAAUUUUUUUGUUUUUCAAAAUGUCAAUAAACAUCAUUUUAUAAAAGUUUCUAGUUAUUGUUUCGUGUUGUUUUUUAUUAUUCAGGUAAACAAUGUGUGUGUGGUUAUGGUGAUGGUCAUAUUAAAUUAUGGGAUCUUAAACAAUGUUCUAUUGUUUGGCAAUAUGAUAAUAAUGGUGAAGGUGAUAACGCAAUGAAUGCUGCUACUGCUAUUACUACUACUACUAAUAAUAAUAAUAAAUGUAUUUCAAUGUGUUUAAAUGAUGAACAAACAUUAGUAGCUUAUGGUUCAGCUGAUGGUAAUUGUCGAGUACUUAAUUUAAAUAAUGGUAAAUUACUUUCAUUAUUUCCUUGUUUUCAACCAUCAUUAUCAAAUAAAACUUCAACAGAAGAAAAUGAAAAUGAUGAUGAUGAUGAUGAUGAAUCAACAGCAACAACAAUUGAAAGUAUUGCAUUUGGUUCUGGUCAUUUACUUAUUUGUGGUACACUUUCAGGUUAUAUUUAUAUAUGGGAUAUAAAUACAAAACAUUUACGUACAACACUUAAUUUACAAAGUGGAAUUGUUAAAUGUCUUUUAAAUGAUGGUUAUCUAUUGUAUGCCGCAUGUCUUGAUGGUCAUAUUCGUUUAUUAGAUAUACGAAAUGGUGAACCAUUAAAAGAAUGGAAAAGUGGUGGUGGUGAAGGUUGUGAAAUAAUGGAUAUGAUUAUAACGAAAGAUAAACGAUAUUUACUUUGUGCUUAUAUGCAAGGUUCAUGUCGUGUUUUUAAAUUAAAAGAAUAA